GUGACUGAGUGUUUCAGGAAGUCGCUGUCCUCCCCGGCUCAGCUGCAGCUGUUGAAAACAUGCAUUUGAAGCGUCCUUGAGCGGGAUUUUCAGAAGAAAAUAAGACAGACACUUAACGAAACACGCACAAAAAUAACUGCCGUCUUCUGAAAUGCGUUUUCACAUCCUCGUCAUCGCUCUGUUUUGCUGUGGUUCGGCGGAGUCGCGGAAAGUGAGGGGCAUUUCUUCGUCCUACAAACGAUUCUACAGGGAGAAGAAGUCCUUCUUGUGCAUCGAUGGCUCAAAGCUGAUCCCCUUCGAGCAGGUGAAUGAUGACUACUGCGACUGCGCAGACGGCUCGGACGAGCCAGGCACCUCCGCCUGUCCUCGCGGCCGAUUCUAUUGCACUAACUUGGGCUUCCGUCCACACUACAUCCCAUCGUCACGAGUCAAUGACGGCAUCUGUGACUGCUGCGAUGCUUCAGAUGAAUACAACAGCCACGUCCGCUGCCAGAACACAUGCUGGAAUUUGGGGCAGAGAGAGAGAGCGUUCGUGGAGGGCCAGAUGAGGACUCUGGACGAAGGUUUGCGACUCAAGCAGCAGCUGAUCGAGGAGGGAGUUCUGCUGUGGAGGGAGAAGCAGGCUCAGCUCAGAGAGCUUCAGCAGGUCGCUGAAGACCUGCAGAUCAAAUUAGAGGAACAUCGGCGGAAGAAACACGAAGCCGACCGAUUCAAAGAGCAAACGCUAAGAGCACUGAAAGGAGAGGACAGCGCUGUCAAACCUGAGAACACCCUCCUCAACAGGAACAAAGAUGAAAGUAUUGCUCCGGAUGAAGUCAAGGCUGAAGUGGUGCCGGUCCACGGUGAAGAGCGGCGUCUCUCUGAUGAUGAGGCCGGGAUCAAAGACGCACAUGGCGCCCCAGGCACAAUGUCAAGUGAAGAUCCUCACUUAAAGGCGGCCGAUAGAGUUGCAGAGUGGGAGGCUACCAAUCUGAAGAAGGUUGAAGAAGCUUAUGAGACCGUCAACAUGGAAAUAAGUGAUCUGCAGAAGAAGUUGGAUAUAGACUACGGGACGGACUGGGAGUUCCUGUUUCUGAACGGCCAGUGUUACAAGCUGACGGUGUACGAGUAUCUGUACACCCUUUGCCCGUUCAGUCACAUCACACAGAAGAGUACUGCAGGAACCGAGGUCUCAUUGGGGGUGUGGGGGAUGUGGGCGGAGCCAGCGAAGAACCGCUACAAUCAGAUGAUUUAUGAGAACGGAGAGCCCUGCUGGCAAGGAGGCUCUCGCAGCACUACGGUCACGCUGACAUGCGGAACGGAGACAGCCCUGCGAUCAGUGAAGGAGCCCAGCAAAUGCCAGUACAUCAUGGACUUUCAGACUCCUGUGGCCUGUCAGCCGGUGCUAAAGCAGAGAGGUGUACACAGUGAACUGUGACCCCCUCCCCUCCCUGUCUGGCUUAGACUAGAAUAACUCGGUCCUUCUCCCCUCUCGACUCGCCCACAAAGGCAGACUGGACUCCUGAAGGUCCCUCCUGACAUCUGUCUUGUCAGAUCUUGUAUACUUCUGAACCAGUUUGGGUAAGGUCAGACUGUUUCUCAGAAUCCACUUACAGUCAUUGUUACUCUUGUGUGGUCAUUGAACAGUGUUACAGGUCCACUCUAGCAGCAUUUACUAAAAGAUAAGCAGAACUGGAUCAUUCUUGUAGCCACUUACAACCUUUUGUGCUACUAUGAAUAAUAUCUUAAAGGACUGCUGAGUCAUGCUGUAUAUUCCCACAUGCUGGUGUUUGCUGCUUCUCUGUAGGUGUUAUAAACUUCUAAAGGAUUGAUAUGAUGUAUUUUUCUACUGUCUUAUAUAAAACAAAAGACCAGAACUACCGAUCACAUAGAACAGCAGUGAUGUAGAUAAGAUGUUACAAGUUUAUUAUCAAUAAACUAAAAUAUAAACCUUC